CAGCUUUCACUGCUUUGCAACGUACAUCGAAGUACAGCCUCGUUCUGAGACUAGUUUUUAUACGAAGACAAACAUAAUCAAGCGAAAUACUAUAAUAUUUGUAAGUGACAGCGUCGUAUCCACACAUCUCAGAUUCCUUAUUGUGAUUACAUGCUCUGUUGCCAGUCACACUGAAUGAAUGCAGAUAUACAAUAAAUUAUAAAGGCAACAUAACGGAUUUUCCUUAAAUAUUAUUUUAAUUCAAAAUAAAAAUCUUAGAAAUGUAAUACAAAAUAUGAUGUCAAAAAGAAGUUAAGCUUUAAUGGUGUCAAUAGAAUACAAAAUUUUUGUGACUUUUAUUUUACAAAUCAAUGUCUCCUGCUAAAAGUAAAGGGCAAGGUCGGAAAUCCAAAAUGAAACUGAAACAACAUGGUCAGUAUUACCAUCAGAAUCAACCGUAUGUCGAUCCUCAUAUCUAUAAAAGAACUUCUAAAAAACAAAAGUCAUCUGAAUUUCAUGAUGAAUGUAUGGACCCUGCAACCUUAGAAGCUCAUGUUGAAGCAGCCACGGCUGCAGCAUCAGCUGCAGUUGCAGCAGAAAUGGCAAAUUCUAAUCAUUCAAAUUUAAACUCAAAUGUGUAUUCAUCUUCAAAAACAGAUCAAUCACCAUCAAGAUUACUUACAUCCGAAGUUCCAAUAUUGCCCGAUGACUAUCAAAUGCAAUCUUCUCCUAGAGAUGUAGAUAUAGGGCAAGUGAAGCAAGAGGACUUACAGUUGUUCCUCGAGUCGAUUCCAGACUUUCAUCAUACUAAUAUUGUCAGAGGUGGUCGUUGUGUUAAAUCAGGUUACGUUCAUGUUGUCAAAGGUGAAAAUUACUUAAGAGACAUGUUUUAUAACACAGCAACAACUCCACAACGAAACAUAAUUGUUGUAAGAGAAACUCUUUAUUGUAAUGGGCGUGGAAACUGUUUGCGUGCCUGUGGAGGUAGAGGACAUUGUGUAGAAGGCUGUACCAGAAAAUCAGAAAGAGUAACUGGUGGACAUUCAUGUUUUUUUCAAGUGAAACUGUCCAUGUAUUCUGCAUCCAUUGGUACGUGGAGGGUAAAAGUACAAGGCAGUCACAAUGGACCAGUAGUCGCCUGGAAGAACCCAAUCAACCAUAAAGAUGAAGUGGGUAACAGAAAUCUGGAUUUUUUUAGUCUCGAUGCUACUCAUUCUGUUAACAGUUCUGGAAAUGACUUGAUAACUUCACAAGCAGAUGCUAUCCCAGAAUCUGUAUACUUGAAACCUGAUUGUAAACCUGUAACUCAAGGUAUAUUGAAUCAUGACGUUGAUAGUGUUGUUAAUAGUGUUGGCAAUGGUGAUAACAUACCAAACUGCAAAACUGAAGUUCAGAAUACCAAUAAUAGCAGCUAUCAAUUGACUUGUGAUGGCAGCUGCCAAGCAGAACUCAAGAAGUUACGCCAAGAGAAUACAUCUUUAAAAUUAGAGAUCCUACAGUUACGACAUGCAACUGAUGGAUUUAAACUUUUGGAAGAUCUGAAAGAACUGAUUGAGAAGUAUGAAACAAAUGAUAGUUUACCAACUACUCCCACAUCACCUGCAAUGUACUUGAUGAAGGUGAAGAAUCGGGAUAAUGAAUACGUGACUAUCACACAACCUUGAAAAUAUUGGGUGCAUUUUGACUUUCACUCUUCUGUGAAACAGAUGUUUUCAAUGGCAUGUUGGUGCUGUUAGUGAUGGCAAUCAUUGUUCAAAAGCACUACCACCAACUUCAAGUUAUAUUUCACCAUUUACCAGAAUACAAAAUGUCCAGCAUCUUUUCUUUAUCUCUCUUUACACACACUUAGACAGGUCAUUUUUAGAUAUAAAUUUAUCCUUACGAUAGUUUUGGUAAAAAAACCACCUGAAUAUUGAUUCUGUGCAAGUCAGCUGUAUGAUGAUGAACAUUGCUUGCAGUUUUACAAAGCAAGUGCCUUCACUUAACUAUUCUUGCGUUACUGUCUCAUUUUCUGUGUAUACAUUUUAAAAUUAUCCUUGUGCCAAGUUCUGAAUUUGGCAUCAAGGUUUCACUUAUUUUUAUCAGUUUUAAUACAUUGGCACAAGUGAAAGAGUAUAGGAAGGAGUGUAAUUGAUUUUCAUGAUCUCAUUUCAUGCUUAGCACUUAUUUCAUCAUUUCUUAAGAAUGAAAGACAAAAUCAGUUUUAGCAGCACUUGAACUUAUAGCAUAUCAUCAUCAGCAUCAUCAUCAUCAUCAUCAUCGUCAUCUCCUUUUAAUGUCAGUCUUCCAUGCAUGCAUGGGUAGGACAGUUGACAGGAGCUGUCCAGAUAGAAGAUUACCCCCAAUGAUGAAAUUAUUUUCUGUAAAGUUUUUAGUCCAGUAUGCUACCUUUUUGACUGCAGAAAAGGAGUAGACAAAGCACUAUAUAACAACAGGAAAGUAUUCAUCAACCAAUCUGGCAUAAAAUUAAAGUCUAAAAAUAAAAA